AUGAAAGAGUGUUAUUACACACCGAUCCCAGAAGGAGAGAAACAUGAUCAGGACUCAUGGUUAUCUGUGUUUGAACACUGUAGUGGAAAAGCUCAGUCUCCAAUCAACAUAGACACUUAUAAGGUUUUCUAUGAGCCCAAACUCACUCCCAUUAAACUGGAGGGUUAUGAUCUCACCGGCUCUCCCGCUCUUACCCUCAUCAACAACGGACACACGUUGCAGCUGAGUCUGCCGAACAGCAUGCGUAUCAUGAGGGGAUUCGAUCACGUUUAUGUCGCAGCCCAGCUUCACUUCCACUGGGGAACUAAAGAGGUCCCUGGCUCAGAGCACACCAUAGAUCAUGUUCAUUUCCCUGCUGAGAUCCAUGUGGUUCAUUAUAACUCCAAAUAUGUAGAUCUCAUUGAGGCUGCUAGUAAAGCUGAUGGAUUGGCAGUGUUAGGAGGAUUCAUAGGUAUCGGCCUCCAUGACAAUGACAACUAUGAGAAGAUCCUGUCUGCGUUAACAGACAUCAGCAUAGAGGAGUCAGACACUGAGAUUCCUGGUUUUAAUGUGCGCCAUCUGCUGCCGGACAGCCUGGACAGGUUUUAUAGGUACAACGGGUCCCUGACGACCCCACCGUGUUUCCAGACAGUCAGCUGGACUGUGUUCAACGAUUCAAUCAGAGUCUCAAGAAGACAGCUCGCCGCCUUGGAGGAUACAUUGAAAACUGAACACAACAAGCUUUUGUCCAAAAAUUUCAGAGCGCCACAGCUUCUGCAUGGAAGAAAAGUGUUGGCAUCUUUCCAAACAGAAUCUACUACAGGAAAAGCCAGAGAAGCUCCAACACCUGAAACACAAGACUACAAAAUAACGGAGUCUAGUGGACACAUUCUGGCGAUUAUCUUUGGGGUUCUGUUUGCGGUCACGAUGCUGGUCUUUUCCAUGUACACAUAUUUACAGCAGAAAAAGUACUCAAAGUUAAAAAAAGACUCCAAGCAAAAUGUUGUGUAUAAACCAGCUGCCGUUGAAGAAGGCAUGGAUCAGACCACUGUUACUGUAACAUAAAGCACAAAUUUAUUCAGAAACUUGUUUUGUAUUGUUUGCUUGUUAAGAAAAGAGGACUCAGAGUGUGAUUGGGGGAUGAAUUGGUUAUAAUUUGCUGCAAUCUGUAAUGUUGUGUCCAGUGUUGCGAAGGAUACUUUGGAAAUAUACUAGUUUACAGAUUACAGGUUACCAUAUUUAAAAUGUAAAAUUUACAUUUUACAGCAGUGCUUAACUCCUCAACCCCAGUUUCAGAGAAAUUGGGACAUUUUAUAAAAUGGCCAACUUAAAUGUAUUUUGUAAAUAUUAACUGAUUAAUUUGAUGUUGACGGCUGCCACACACUCCAAGAAAAUUGGGUUCAGAGGCAAAAUAAAAGUGAAAGGGUAAUUGAAUAUCCAAAAUCUAUUUUGAAACAGUUUACAGUAAGCAGGUGAUUACUGUAAUAGGUGACGGGAUCGUGUUUGGCUAAAAACUACAGGUGCCGGUCAUUUAAUUAGAAUAUCAUCAAAAAGUUACUAAUUCCAUUCAAAAAGUGAAACUUUUAUAUUAUAUUCAUUCAUUACACACUAACUGAUAUAUAUUUUAAAUGUUUAUUUCUUUUAAUUUUGAUGAUUAUAACUGACAAUAAAGUUAAAUCCCAAAUUUAGUAUCUCAGGAAAUUGGAAUAUUGUGAAAAGGUUCAAUAUUGAAGACACCUGGUGCCACACUCUAAUCAGUUAAUUAACUCAAAACACCCUGGAGAGGAUUGUGAAACAAAACCCAUUCAAAAAUGUGGGGGAGAUUCACAAAGAGAGGACUGCAGCUGGAGUCAGUGCUUCAAGAACCACUACACACAGACGUAUGCAAGACAUGAUUUUCAGCUGUCGCAUUCCUUGUGUCAAGCCUCUCUUGAACAACAGACAGCGUCAGAAGCAUCUCACCUGGGCUAAAGACAAAAAGGACUGGACUGCUGCUGAGCAGUCCAAAGUUAUGUUCUCUGAUGAAAGUAAAUUUUGCAUUUCAUUUGGAAAUCAGGGUCCCAGAGUCUGGAGGAAGAGAGGAGAGGCACACAAUCCUUGUUUCUUGAGGUUCAGUGUAGUUUCCACAGUCAGUGAUGGUUUGGGGUGCCAUGUCAUCUGCUGGUGUUGGUCCACUGUGUUUUCUGAGGUCAAAGGUCAACGCAGCCAUAUACCAGG